AUGAUGCUAAAAAUUGCUAUAUUCAAUUGUGAUGCUCCUAAAGAGCAACUCGUAAACUGGGGGAAUUUUUCCGACAUGGCGAUCACCAUGUUGGAACAGUCGUGCGACGCAGCAGAUGAAGCGGAGUACGAUGUUUAUCAAGUUUAUAAAGACGAGUUUCCAUCGUUGGAAGAGUUGAAGUCGUAUUCGGGGAUCUACAUCACUGGGUCAGAAUUCGAUGCUUUCGACAACAGUCGCGCUUGGAUCGUUCACUUGAAAAAGAUCAUCAAUGUGGUGCUCACAGAAGAUGGCUAUCCGCCAGUCACAGGUGUAUGCUUUGGUCACCAAAUCGUCGCAUCAAGCUUGGGCUGUAAAGUAGACAGAAAUCCGCAGGGAAUGGAGGGAGGUAUUGUCCCCCUUCAAUUGACCGAAGAUGCAAAGCGCCUAGGCUUGCUUCAAAAACCGCACCCCAGCACCACGCAUACGUUCUCUAUUGCAAAAAUUCACAACGAUAUCGUUUAUGAGAUCCCAGAAGGUUAUGUGAAUAUAGCGAGUUCGCAAAAAUGUCCUAUCCAAGGGCUGUACAAGAAACACAAAGCCUUUACACUCCAAGGACACCCGGAAUUUGUCACGCAGGUCUCGAUGCUCAUGAUUCAAAGGGCCUAUGAGCAUGGCAAAAUCGAUGCUCAUAGAUUCGAAGCCAUAAAGGCAGAGUCGGCCCAGAAUGAAAACGAUGGAAUCUAUGCUGCCAAAACGAUGUGGAAAUUGUUCAAGCGCGAACUCUGA